AUGGCCCCUCUUCCCCCCGGAGUUAUUCAUCUUGGAGGCCCUGGAGGCCCUCCUCCUCCACCACCACCACCUCACCCAGCCGGAGCCAGAGCGCCGAAUGUCGGUCCACCUCCCCCGCCUCCUCCACCAGGCCGAGGGCCAGGGCCUUUCGCUGCCAAACCAGGACCUCCCCCGCCCACCGCAAGACCUCCCAUGGGAGGGCCGAUACCUCCUCCAGCAGCUCGACCUCCCAUGGGAGGCCCAAUGCCUCCUCCUGUAGCACGACUUCCGAUAGGAGGACAUCCACCACCGCCGGCUGCUCCUCGGCCGGCAGCCCAGAUGCAGCCACGGGUCAUUCAGCCGAUGCCGGUGCAGCAGCUGCCCAUACAACCGCCACGAGAGAAGGUCCCGCUGGAGCUGCGUCAAAGACAACUCGUCGAGGUUUCCGACCUUCGAACUGAACGAAUGACCGAGCCCGGGGCCCGCGAGGCCCUCUCAGAAUACGUUGUCUACCGCAUCGAAAAGAUACAAGAUCCCAACGAGAUCGAUGUCGAAGGCUACCCAACCAGGCCGACCUGGGAGAACGUGAGGCGUGUUGAAGUUCGAGAUCUGUCCCGACAAGACAUCAUCCGGGAUAUCCGCGACCUCAACGACGAGGGCAAAACAGCCCUGCAGAGAAAGAUGGAGCUCACGCCCAACCAACAGCUGCAAAUCGAAAUGGCGCAGGACGCCCUGGAGAAGCGCAACACCGACAGGCGCUUUCGUUACACCCUGCAGCAGAUCAGUUGCAAGAUGAAGAAGAUUCACAAAGACUCCAUCCAGUAUGCACAAUACAUGGCGGAUAAAAAGCUUGUGGUUGCGAAGGGAAAGUCGUCCUCGAAAUCGAAAAAGAACUUGUUCGAAACGGUAGCCGUGACGGCGUACUUCAGAAAGGAACCUCGCUUCGAAGAGAACGCCCUGGCCAUGUACCGCAGCAAGAAGAAUGAAGAGGCCAUGAUUCGACAUAGAGACGAAGAAGCCCGGAGUCAUCAGUUGCAGCAGCAGAUGAUGGAUGAAAAGCAUCGAAAUCUCCUUGCUCUGCAUCAACGUGAGCAGCAGUUCCGAGCCGCCCUUCAACCACCACCAGCACUUCCACCACCGCAACGACAACACCCACAGCUGCCGCCUCCGCCCCUAGGCCAUAAGCCAUUGCCACCUCCAGGUCACAAGGCACUGCCGCCGCCAGCUCGUGCUGGGAUCCAGGUGGUACACACCGACCACAAGAAGGGCAAAACGAAGACUUAUACUCUCUCGAGUGGUUCCAGGAGCUCUAGAGACUCAAACUCCUCGGACGAGUCGUGGAGCGACACGGAAUUCACGCCGGAUUCAUCUACUACCGGUUCAUCUGACUCCAGACGUGGCCGUAGACAUCAUCGCAGUCGGGGCCGCAGUCGUAGCCGAAGCCAUAGCCGUAGCCGCAGCCGCAGCCAUCGUCGCCAUCGCAGUCGUCCGGAGGACUAUGGGCUCAAGGCUCAACGCCGCCACAGGAAAGAUAAGCACGAGCAGUACUACAUCCUUGAAAGAGAGGUGCCUAUUAGUCGGCCGCUUGGUGCCCCAAUAUCUCCGGCGGCCUUGCCAAUGCCUGGCGUAAGAGACUUCAUGGGUGAAGAGCCGUUCAUGCAGCGUCGCAUAACCGCUCGGCCGGAAGCAUACGGGCUCGACAGCGUUGAUAGCCCCCUGAUUGACGUCUUCAAUCGUCGUCGAACAAUAUUACCCGCUCGGGUGAUCCAACGGGACGUCAACUUCCGCACCGUGGGCCCUCAGGAGGUGAUUCGUAUGAGACAUGAGGAUGACCUGGACAACAUCAGACGUCUGAGAUUUGAAGAUGAGAUGCGCUUGGAAGACGAGCGACGUCUUGAGGACGAGCGGGAGGCAGAAAGGAAUGAAAUUGAAAGGCGAAACCGUCGAUCAAUGGAAAGGCGGUUCCGUCGGCCGUCCCUUGAUCGGGGCCCUGUCUUCCAGCGAGGUCCCGAUGAGACGUACGAAGAACAGGCUGCUCGGGACUAUAUGAGGACCAGAGAGCGCCCAGCGCGGUCUCCUUUUGACAAUCCGUUUGACCCUAUGGGGCGAGGUACACGACGAAAUGCUUUUGGUUUCGCGGGAUAUCGGGAUUAG